UGGAGGAGGUGGUGAGCGCGGGCGGGAGCGGGCGGCGGGGCCUGGGGCGGCGCGGGUGCGACCGCCGUUGGGCUGCCGCGGCCUCCUCGCCCUCCGCGCUGGGCUCCAGGGACGCCGCGUUGCGGAGGCCGGGUGCCCGGGCACAUCGCGUCAGACCUUCAAGUACUUUGUUUGUGCCAAAUCAUUACCACUUGCCACAUGAGUCUAAAUCAUGACGGAUGCCAAGUAUGUCCUCUGCAAAUGGAAAGAGCGAUUAUGGCCUGCAAAGGUCUUGGCCGGAACUGAGAAAUCAGCAAAAAAUAAGAGAAAAAAGAAUAUUUUCCUAAACGUUCAGAUACUCUCCUUAGACAAAAAAAUUAAGGUAAUGAACAAGAGGGCCAAGAUUCUGGAGAAGUCUCACAUUGAAAGCAUUGCCUCCUCUUUAGCCUCUGAGAGCGCAGUGCUGGCCGCACCCCUAGAGGAGCUGGCCUACCGGCGCGCACUUCGAGUGGCCCUGGAUGUGCUGAAUGAGAGGAGCUAUUUGCAGGAAGAAAGCACUUCAAGGGAAGAAAGAGCCACUGUGUCUCCAAGUGAGAAGCCUGCAGAACCAGCCCCUUCACCCUGCGGCCCCAGCCCCACACCUUCGCUGCUCGAGGAUGCAUUGGGCUGUCGCAGAGCCCAGAGGAGGGAGCGCCUGCACCAGAGGCUCUCGGGGCCGCCUCCUCUUGAGAAGGACCCCACAUGCCAAGUGGACCACAAGGACGGGCUUGGGCGCGGUGGAUGCCCACCUGCUCCUGCACUCUCCUCAGCUGACGGUGGACCCAGAAGAUCCCGGGAGAACUGGACGACCCCAAGUAAAAGGGGUAGAAGCCCAGCCCAGGAGGCCAGCUUCAGUCAGAACAGGCUUCUGGUAUCAGAGGAGAGCAAGGCCCUGUGUUCACCUCCCAGAGCUGGGGAGGAGGGUACCCUGGGCAGCCCUGCCACGCUUCUGGCCCCGGGACCUGUGGCCUACCCUCAUGCCCGAAGCCCAGAUGCCCGCAGCCCAGAUGGCAGCACUGUUCGGCUGGGCCCCGCAGAGGACUCUGGAAACGACCAUCUCCUGGACAAAGCCCGUCAGUCUUCUGAGGAGUCGGUAGAGUUGAAUUCCGUCAGGUCUAUCCUGGAGGAGGACGAGGAGGAUGAAGAGCCCCCUAGGAUCCUCCUGUAUCACGAACCGCGUUCAUUUGAAGUAGGAAUGUUAGUCUGGCUUAAAUACCAAAAAUACCCGUUCUGGCCUGCCGUGGUCAAGAGUGUCAGGCGAAGGGAUAAGAAAGCGAGCGUGCUUUUUAUUGAAGGAAACAUGAACCCCAAGGGGAGAGGCAUCACGGUGUCUCUUAGACGGCUGAAGCAUUUUGAUUGUAAGGAGAAGCAGACAUUUCUGGACGAGGCCAAGGAAGACUUUGGUCAGGCCAUCGGCUGGUGCGUCUCGCUCAUCACCGACUACAGGGUCCGGCUCGGCUGUGGUUCUUUCACCGGCUCUUUUCUGGAAUAUUAUGCAGCUGACAUAAGCUACCCUGUCCGCAAGUCAAUCCAGCAGGACGUCCAGGGGACCAGGUUCCCCCAGCUGAGCAGGGAGGACCUGGAGGAGCCCAUGGUGGGGGGCCCGAAGGGCAGGAGGCAGGCCUGCAGGAAGGUCCUCCCUGACCGUUCGAGGGCUGCCCGGGACCGUGCCAACCAGAGGCUGGUGGAAUACAUCGUGAAGGCCAGGGGUGCUGAGGGCCACCUUCGGGACAUCCUGAAGAACAGGAGGCCAUCCAGGUGGCUGAAGACCUUCCUGAGCUCGGGGCAACAUGUGACCUGCGUGGAGACUUAUCUGGAGGAUGAUGAGCAGCUGGACCUGGUGGUGAAGUACCUCCAGGGGCUGUGCCAGGAGGCGGGCAACAGAGCUCUGGCACACACGGGUGCUGACAGGAUCCGCUUUGUCCUGGAUGUCCUCCUGCCCGAGGCCAUCAUCUGCGCGAUUUCUGCCGUGGACUCAGUGGACUACAAGACAGCCGAGGAGAAGUACAUCCGAGGACCUUCCCUCAGCUACCGGGAAAAAGAAAUAUUUGAUAACCAGCUCCUGGAAGAAAGGAACCGUCGGUGCUGAGGCCGGAGGAAGCUGUGUUUUGCCCCAGAGCUCUGGGGCAGGCGGGGCUCUGCCUCCGUCUGACUUCGGCUUCUCCUUUCCUGGCUCUUGUGGAAGGUACAGGUCCUAAAAGGUUUUUAAAGGACGAAAAUGAAUUUUUUGUGUGUGUGCUUAACAUCAUUACCUGUGACUGUACUCUAGGUUCAUUGAAGGUGCACAUUUGUUCUUUAUGUUAAAAAGCAUCGUAUCUGACAUUAAAGAGGAGCUUUAAAGACUCUAAUACAAAUGUACAGCCCCUGGCACAUCAAUGUAUUUUUCCAUUUGUUUCCCUCUUUUGUGUGAUUGCUCCUAAGAGGGCUCCUAAGUUUGUUGUGCCUCUAUUUUGUUUUUGAGAAAAACCCGUGUUUGAGAGAGGCAGGACCAGAGACCAGCUGCUUUCCGGUGUUCUGGCCUCUGCUGGGAUUGCCGUGCAGGAGACCAAAUGGACCAUGAUUCUUACUGGCGUCUUUCUGCUCACUCCGCGUGGGUCAGCACCCAGCCAGCUGGAGCUGUGACACCUGUGUGUGCAGCCUGGGACGCAAGCUCACACCCUGGGCCUGGCACCUGCAGAAAUGAGCCCUUUGUCUGGAGGCUCGAAGCACAAGAUGGGUUCCCCUGACGCCCCAGGGUCCCAGGCUCAGGGCCCUGCCUUUGGAGACAGUUGUGUGCAAGCCUGGGCCCCGACGUGGUUACAGAAGUCCCGUUUUGGCCAGAGCCACCCACAGUGGGUUAUUUUUCCUAAGCUGAUGGGAGGUUUCAUGCAGAAGGAAUCAGGGACGUGAGUUGUGAGCCCUGCCCCAUCCUCCUCCUCCUGGCUAUACUGCUGCCCCACCGCCAGGGCUGCGCCCCACGUCUAAGGAGAGACUGGCCUCCCUGAAGUCUGCACCUGACAGUUGGAGUGAGGGUCUCAUGGGAGGCACAAGGGCAUGUGCCCUGAAUGGAGACUGGCGUCUGAGCCCGAACGCCUUGGGUUGGUGGGCCGGGAAGGCGUGUGACAUCGCUCUUGGUUUCACUUAAACCUAAAUAGAGAUGUCGACACGCUGGCCCAGCGGUCCUGCUGAGGUGUUCCUCCCAGGGUGGCCUGAAGGGCGUCCUGUCUGGGCUGAGCUUGGGAGGAUGGCCCUACUGGCAUCACCACCAUGGCUUUGCACCCUUCUAGAAAGGUCCACCAACAAUGAGCCUCCUUGAAAUGGGUCAGGACAGAGAGCAAGAUGCUCUUGUGGGCCAGGGGUCUGCGUGGGAAUAUUCUCUUAUUGUAAAGUAUUUUUAUAUAUCUGUGUCCUAAGCUCUGGUUGUGGAAUUGAACUUUUCAGACUGGAAUUAAAUUCUGUUUUGGA